GCAGAGGGAGGGAGGGAGCUGCUGCUGCUGCUGUUUCUGCUGCUCAGAGCUGAGAGAAAGAAAGACCAGCACAGGGAAACACAAGGCAGGCUGCUGACUGAGAGAGAGAGAGCAGCAUGGCAGGGCUACAAGACUUCAAACAAGGCAGCCACUGCCACAGGAAAACGUGGAUCAAUAUACUACUAGGAAUACUACAAUUGCUUUUACCUUGCGUACAGCACGGAGGGGCACAGCUGCAAGGUUUGUUACUCACCUUUUAUUUUUCACUCCGGAGGAGGAGCAGGACCGCGACCAUUGAGUUAGCCUAACUGACAUGACAGCAGACGGCACACUGGAAAAUGGUUGUCAGGCGAAAAUACCCAAACAGCAUAUGAAAUAUAAAUGCUUAAAAAUGUCCCGUACACAUUUUCAAGUGGCCACUUAUUUGUAUUUUAUUCUUACUCAGACUCGAGGCGGUUUUUGCUUGUGUUUUGCCAGCCUGCUAGUUCAUGCUAGCUUCCAGUUCCCUGUGCUGUUUGGUGUAAACGUUGACUUGUUCAGGCAGGGAAGUGCCGUAUUAUCGGGACUUUAAAGCGGCACUGUACUGUAAUUCCUGUCACUGAAAUGAAGCUUAAUAUUUCUGUAAGCCUACUCUACAACGCUAAAACAGUCGUUUUUGCUGCAAUUUUCUAAGUCCAAGUUAGUUAGCCACCGAGCUAACCUGUCUGCUAAUCAAGAAGCUAGCAAACAGCCUUUGUCAGUCUGCCGAGGCGAAGUCAUUUCCUCACUUGUCUUUAUGAUUAUCACCCACGCUGUUGAAGUUAACUCAUCUCAUAUCGAUACUUAUAAUAACAAAAAUGGUAAUAUGCUGUUUAAACAUUCAUACUGGUUAACUCGAGUGCAUUCCCCCAUUUGUUUUCUUUGCCGCGUUGUCCAGUUUUCACCAAAUAUCUUACUCUUUAUUUUUUUAUUUUUUUUUUGCCCCCUUAAAGCUCUGAGUCAGAUGUCCACCAGCGUGGUCGAGGUCUGGCAACCAGAGGAUGCAGACCCAUUAGUCCCACUUCAGGUAAUCUUUAUUUCUCUCUUGGGUGUGUUUAUGUUGCGUGAUUCAGGAAAUCUAGACGCAAACACAAAAAAAACAAAAUAGCAGCCUCAUGCAUGAGCACGCAUGUGGUUGGUCCAUCCCCAUUGUGUUUGAAUCGAGUUUGCAGCGAGGUAAGUAGUCCAUAUUAGUGUGUCUGUGUGAGAAGAAUGUCAGUAACCGUGCGGGUUUUGUGGUUUUAACACCAUGCAGAUGGUAUUUUUUUAUAUUUUGGAAGCAUUCACAGUUUAAACCUGAAAUGAAACCAGAGCGGGAGGCCACCUGCCAUGUGGCUCCUCCUUAUUUUCUUUUGUACAUAGUGUCCAUUGUGGAGUUGAGUCUGCAGUGCACACUCUGAGUAUGCUGAGAGAAUUAGGAGUACAGCUCCGCAGUCAUUUCCUGCAUACCAGGUUGCAUUUAUUUCCUGCUUCUAUAGUUUAUGCAUUGUGUUAUGCAGGCUUCUGUUGUUAUCUGGCUUGCAAUAUCCUAAACAUCAGGCAUCAGUAGGAGGGAGUAAUGAUUAUGUAAUCAAGAAGCAGGAUAAGCACAAACAGAAGGAGUUCAGUGUUUACUGAUAACCUGUCAGGAGGCCAACAGCUGACUGUCAUGUUACCUGAGGGGGGUGUGGCAUUGUCCUACAGGUUGCGGUUGACAGGUGUGAAUAGUAUUUAUACGACUGCUUAGAAAACAAAUAAACAUUGUGAUGCAAAAUAACGCCAACAUACUUUCAAUGAAUGAUUCCUUUUGUAAGAAUGGAUGGUGGAAAUCUCACCAUCAUUGAAAAUUACCAAGCCAGUUGUACAGAACUCACAGAUACUGUGUCUCUAUGUGUGUUGAAAUUUACACAUGGCAGGAAUUACUGCAGGAGUAGAUUUGUGAAAGGACAUAGUUGGAAGAAAGGGGAAAAAGUCUGGAGUGUUUGGCGUGCACUUUCCAUUCAUCCCCACCUUGCUGACCAAUUGGCAGAUGGCAGAAUUGUUGACAUUGUUAGGUGUCAUGUUUAGAUAGGCAGCCGUGAAUGGAGUGACUGUCUCAGUUACAUGAGCCAUGUGAAAUAGAGCAUGACAUGGGUGCCUUUCUUUGCGCUAUAUUAAAGUGCUGCUGCUGGUCAGCUGGUUAAGUAGUGUACUGUAUGUUGCUGCGGGCCCACUGAGGUGGUGAUGCAGGAGAUACAGUGUCAUAAGAUGUAGUAAAGAUUGCAGCAGAGAUCAUUCUUCAGCUGCAAAGAUCAUGACAGGACAUGGCAAGAGUUUGUGGUUGUGGUCAUUUUUUCACAUUAACCUCUUGUUAUUUUUGAAAACAUUGACCUGUGUAUAGUUUUUAUAUUUGGAUUGGUCACAAGUCAGACUAGGUCCCCUCCAGUCCCUCCUCACUUGUUAUAUUGUGCAGGUUUCCAUCUUGUUUCUCAAUUCCUGUAUUCUGAAUCUAGUUUAUUAGAAAAUGCUGCUCCACUGAAUAUUCCCAGUGCAUUACUGGUUUACCUGCGUCAAAAAGCAGUGGCAGAAUGUGUUCCGUCACUGUUGAGCCUAAUCAGCUGGAAAAUCUGUUUUGUCUCAUUCAGUUAAGCCACGUUGUAGAGGUGCUGGGGGGUAUUGGAGGAUACAAAACAGAACAAAACAAGGUUGUGUCUGCUGGAAUUUUUCAAGCUGCAGCAUGCACAGUUUGCCAUGUUAAGACAAUGGUUGUGCAAGUAUAGAAAAAUACAGUAUAACAAAAUUUUUGGCUCCACAAAUAUACAAGAUUGAGAAAGCUAAGGUGUUCCAGAAAUAUUUAUCCAAUGGUCCUACGUGUCUUGCACUUGGAGUCACAGGUAUAAUGGAAUAUAUUUAAAGGAGAGGCUCUUGCUUUGCCGAAAAGAAAAAUUCUCAGGCAUCACUGUCAAAUCUUUACGAUCUGUUGCAAGCAGUGUCAUACCUCUGAACCCUUGUUAAGACUAUGCCACAGUAUAGGACAUCAGAUGUUGUGUGUUUUAAGAUGUUCUAGUAUCCCUACAUUCUCAAAACUGUGUCAUUGGCUAGACCCUCAACCAGGAUUGUUUGAAGAAGAAAGUAAGGGAAAGAUUGAAGAAGAGAUAAUGUGUUGAAUCAUGAGCUAAUGGUGUUAGAGGCAGUCGUUGUACUUCCACGCGUCCUACAUUACUGUUGUCAGUGGGGUGGCUAUGAAGCCAUGAUGUAGUCUACGGCCCCUGAUUGUUCCUAUGGAAACUGUAUGAUCUGUGUUUGAACAGACCAAAGCUUAUCUCUGUAGGCCAUGCUUAGAGAACAUAACCUACUACACUGUGGGUAAGAGUGUGUGUGAACUAACGUAUGAAUGGUGAGGUUAUAAUUUUCAGCCAGUUCCUCAAAAGCCAUAUCAUAUAGAAAGUAAAAUUUAUGUCUUUUAUGUAUGUUCUGCAGCAUUUUGAAAUGUUUUCUGAGAUGAAAAGGAUUUCCUUUCAUCGUUGACAAACUGAGCUUAACUUCCACAUCAGCUUUGAAACUACAAGAAUAAAAAGGUUACACACAGUCAUCAAACUUAUCAAGGUUUUUCUCCACGUCAUUGACUGAUCAGUGUGUUGUCUGUUGAAACACCUGGCGAACUGCUGGUCACCUCUCCCCUCUGGAAGAGUGAAUCAAAACAAAUCUUGGGACACACAGUAUGUUGACACGCAGUGUAACCUGGUUAGGAAAUCGUGAGCUCUGUGCACAUGGUUCUGCAAUCAGCACAAGUUGAUUCUCACAAUAAACCACAAUUAAGUAAUUUGUGAUUGUAACUAUCUUGAAGGAUGAAGCAUCAAUCGUGAUGCAAAUUUAGGAAAUAUGGAUUAAAAAAAAGAUUUCAUGUUUGAUUUCAUUCAUGUCUUUUGAUUAAAUAUUUCUCCACCACAGUUAAAGCACCAAAGUUAGCUGACUGUCAGGUGCGCAGAAAUAUUCUUGUCAUUGAAACAUCAAACUAACUACAUUUUAAAGUUAAGAUCAUCAUGUUUAAUUAUGCAGUAUUUUAACUAUGGUGUGUUUUUAUAUAGAGCUGGAAAGAAGUCCUAAUUUCAGCAGCCAUCAGCAUUGUAAAGAGCUGGUUAAAUUUUACAUUUUAUGCUCCAUGUAGUCAAAGAAUUUUAUAGAAGCUUUACUCUUUUGUAUGCUGACCCAGCUUGACUGCGGUGUGAAGACGUAUAGCAAAACAAACGGUAUAUUCACAGUUUUAUUCGGAGAACUAAAGAGCACUAUGCCAAGCCUCGAAAAAAUUGCUGCCUGUUGUCUAACCCUCAAAGUCCAACAAAUGCAAAGCCAGUUUUGGUUUCCUACUGCAGAUCCAGUUUCCUGCUUGGAUUCCUUACUUUAUUUACAAUGAAAUUGUGUUUUGUGCAACAUAAACUUUUGGCAUGUUGUUAGAGAUAAAAUGCACAUGGCAAAGUGAAUGUUUCAUAACAGUUUGUAUUUGCAUCAGGCUUUUUUGUUGAAUGUGGUAACAAGUAGACUGUGAUCCCCAGGAGCUUGCUGAUAUAAUUAUCGUAAAGCCUUAGUGUCAGUGAAGAAGAAAUAGCUCACAUUGUGCUGUUGAACUGUACUGAUUUGAGUGUAUUUCUCAUUCAUUUUCAGGUGGAGAAGGAGCGAAGAAAAGAUGGUCUCCCCGUUGAGGACAGGUAUUGUUUUUCUGUCACGUUUACAGGAACCGCAUAAAAUCGAAACUCUUCUGCUGUCCUUAUUCACACACUUUAUGUAAUGUAUCACACAUUCAGUAAGAAAUGACUGUGACAGUAAACACACAGGCAAUGAGACCUGAGAGACAUCUUAACCAUCUUACUUACCCGGGUCAAACAUUGGUCAGAGCACUGGUUGAAGAUGAUGAAAGGUUUCCACCUGUUCUUGAAUUACACUUGGGAAUAGGUAGAGCCUUACCACCAUGAUAAUUACCAGCAACCCCCAAACCAAUGUACAGAUUGCAUCAUGCUGAAGUGUUCCUCUUGUAUAAUGUAGACUAGAAUUAUACUGCAAGACAGAAUAAGAGCAGGGUUGUGGCAUAGACAGACCAAUGGAAAAACAUGUCUACCUCUCUGCUGUACCACAGAAUGGUCGUGUGAAUGAGUUUCUUCUCGACCAAAAAAAAAUGCUCCUACUGAAUGUGACCAUAUUCAAAAAGCUACAAAUUGUAACGGAGCUCUGUUAAGUGUUGUGGCAUUUUGGUGAAUUCACGCAGACAGAUGCCUUGGUGUGGUUUUGAGUGUAAUAGGGCUGAAGCUUUCUUAAAGGGCUCUUUAAAAGUCCUGCCCUGUAAGAAGGCGAUGUUGUUUAUGUUGGUGAGUGGGGGCGUGUGUGUGACUGGGAGAGUUUUGGGGGCGUGUAUAAGAGAGGCACAGAACUGAAUUCCUGACUAAUUUUAGAAACUCCUUGAAAGAAAAAGGAGGGGAGGUCUGUCUUUCCCAGCUGUUUUUUGUUCCCGUCGAAAAUUGUCGGGGAAAAUGGUUGUUUGCAGCAAAUUAUCAACUAUUUAUGACGUUAUGUGGCGUAGCAUACUCAUAAAAACAGCCCUCUCUUUCACAGAUUUUGGAUACAUAGUUUUCCAAGUCACAGAUGUAUAUCCAAGUGUUUGUGUAGGCUCCAGAUCCUUGUUUAUCUUUCAAGCGUUUCCAUGGCAGUAAUGUAAAGAGCCCAGCCCACCAUAUACCUAAACCUACAAGAAUGUUCCUCACACGCACAGUACAGUUAGAUUUGACCCUUCUCUGCAAGAUUUUUGAGUCUCUUACUGAGUAUAUCCGAAGAUAUUUGAGAUAUACUAUUUGGUAGGACAUAAGAUACAUUUUUUAGUACGAGUAUGAGCCUGCCAGCCAGUUCUAAGGUCAGCUGACUAGUUAUUAGCAGUACUAGUCAUGUCCUGUGUUGCUCUGUCAGGGGUUUUUCCAAAGUCUGGGUAACAUAACCCUAAUGACCCCACAGUGGUACCGAACAGUGUGGGAAUCUAGCCAUUUUUAAUGAAGGGAGGUGUGAAGUAAUGAAGGCCUAGUGCUGCUGGUUGACCCCCUGAGCUGUGAGCUGCAAGGCCUCUCGUGCCUGGGUUAUCAGGCACUUAGCAGGCCUGCCAUCACUCUCUCCCUGCCUGGGGAGCAAAGCAGUCUGCAGACACAGAGGUUAAUGAUAUCUCCUCCUCAGUCUAGGCUUGUUUUUAUGUCUUUCAUCUCUUUUUUUUUUCCUCUUUGUUUUUAAUCAGCAACACUACAAUUCUUGGUAGCAGAAUGAACCUUAUCUCCAUUGGUUUAAAAUAUAUCAUCCAGACACAAACCUUCUUAUCUGCAGUUUAGUGUUAAUACUAUGGCAUUAGAAUUACGUGCCAUUUGGAUUGAAUGUAAGUCUAACUCGUCUCCCCAUGUGUACGAAAGCAUGUCAACACCAGGUGACCUAACUCUCCACUGGUCCUAACCUCUCCCCUGGAGCACAGCUGAGGUCACAGCUAACACUGACUUUAUUUGAGUUAGAUCCAGGGGAUCAAAUAGCGCCAAACAUAACUUGUUAUUUUUGUACUGCGGCAGUGAACAGAACCCUUUGGACUACAGCUCAGUGGUGCGCUUGUGUUGAGAGGUGGAGUUUUCCCUCUCAGAGCAGCUGCUGUUGAAUUUGGAGAAAAUACUUAAACCUAUGUCAAGCUGUAUGCCUUCCUCUGCCUUUUAAGGAAGUAUACAAGAAGCUGCAACUACAGGAAAGGCUUAGAACUACUUGAUGUCUAGGAGUGCAGCAUGUUUCUACUUGACAUGUAACCUGACGUGUGCAUAUCAAAAAUAAUGUAGUGAAUGCUUUUCCAGGUAGCAGCUUUUGAUAUAUAAAUGCUUUAAGGUUGUUAAAACUUAUGUUUUCUAUAAGAAUGCUGAAUCUGCACAAGGCUUUUCUGCACAGACAGACAACCUCAUUUCCCCUUCACAUAUGACCCCUCAUAGGCUCUCCCACACACACACAGCUUUUCCGCUCUGACUCACACAGCUUGAGGUUUCAUUUUAUGACGAGUUAGGAAUUAACAAACAAUUACAUCUGCAGUGAGAGAGGCAGGCAAGAGCACUUGUUAUGUAAUAGAGACAACACUGUACCUAUUAUCAAGUCAAACCACACCAGCAGCAUAUUUGUUGCUGUUUGAAAAUGUGCUGCUGCCUUUGCUAUCAAGAGCUAAAUCUACAAGGAAUAGGAAAUACUAUUUUCUCACAGGCGGUAAACCGUGAAGCAAUUUGAGGCUUCAUUCCUGCUAUAGAAGAGCAGGUAUGAGUGUGUAUGCUGGUUAGAGUGUGUAUGUGAAAGCUAAAGCUAAAAACUUGCAUACUCGGUACAAAAACCUACAAAUAAUGUCCACGAGCAAACAGGAAAUUUUGUAAGUGGGAAAGACGCAAACGCGUAAAGAAAUCCAACUAGGAUUUCCAGGGUGACACACAUGAUCCAGAAGUGAGGGUAUGAAGUCUUAUUGCCUUCACUGACUAAUACUCUUUAUGUAGUCUGCAUGAAUACAAGAGUAAUCUGGGUGCAUGCUUUCACACUUCUAGAUUGUUUCUAUUCUAGCAAGAUGCGUCAAUGACCAUCACAUCAUGUUCAAUUGUUAAAACAUCAGUCAUCAGCGCGCCACAGAAAAACAAACUAGUGAUACAUGUCAGGAAAUGUUUUUCUGGCUUGUGGUUUAUCUCUGAAAUACAAUAUAAAACAAACUAUUAUCCUGACAUGAUUCCAGGUUCAAUUCACUCAAUAUUGACAUUUUUAUCCUUAAAACUAUGAUUGAUGUAUUAAAUACAAGGUUUUGAGUUUUAGCAGCACCUUUUACAAAACACAAGCACCCUCUCAACCACCCUGCAAUUAAAGUUUUUUCAUGUUUAGUAAAAAUUACAUUUUGUUUUGUAGGAGGGAAUUCAGUGAAGUUGUGUUUUUUUUAUUAUUUUUUAAAAUGUACAUCUUGCAGAAGACAGGAUCUUUCUGUCAUUGACGAUGUCUCACAUCCCUGUAGGUUGCUGAUCUCCCUGUGUGAACAUGGGUGUGUGUUGCGCGCUGCAGUUAUCCAUCAUGCAUUAUUAACCAAGUGCAUUUUAGCUUGCAGUGAAUUGUUGUUUCAUUUGUACCAUGCUCUUGAUGAAUGCACAGGUCUUUAUUUUUUAUUCACUCCUUUGAUACUUGUAGAGGCAGCAAGGCAGAAAUCAGCAGCUAUUGAUUGGCCGCAGAGACAGGAAGACAAAGUGUUGCUUGGGGUGUGUGUGUGUCUGUGUGUGUGUGUGUGUGUGUGUGUGUGUGGGGGGGGGGGUUCUGUCGUCUCAGCAUUUUCCGCUAGAGUGCUUCUUUUUUCAUUGACUACAUAACUGCUCAGAAGUUAUCUACAUCAGUUAAGCUUUGGCACAGGUGACAAACUGUAAAUGAAGAUGGGUAAAAAAAAAAAAAAAAAGGAAAGAAACGGGAGCAGCAGCAAACAAACGACCCUCUUUUCUCUCUUUCCUCUGCAGAGAUAAAAACCUUUUCUUCGCAUACAAGAACACAUGUAGAAAACCUCACCUCAAAGGGUGUUAGUUUCAAGGUUAAUAGUUUUUUUUUAUGUGUGUAAUUUUUAGCUCAGCACUAAGACAGUUUAGUAUUUUUGUGUUUAAACACUAACCACACUCACCAAAGCAGAGUUCACAUAUCUAUCUUUACAAUCCUCCGAGCUUCCUGCAGACUGUGGCUGCCCUCACAUUCAACAAGUUGAACUAUGAUCACUCAGUAUCACUCUGAUAUCCUGACGUGAUAGCUUUACAGCAGGCUGGUGAAAGGAGCUUUUCUUGUAUUAUAGGAAGAGUAUGGAGAACCAUGUGAGAUUACUGCCUGAACAGGAAAAGACAUUUUUCUACCAUUUGCAUUUAUUACAUAACUAUGUAAGCUUCACUCUCUCAUUACAUGAAAGGAGACCAUAAGAAGUCUUUAUUAGCAUUUUACUGCUUAUACAGCUAUGUUGUCUUUUGAACAUGACAAUCUAUGAAUCCUUGAGCAGUACUGGCCACUUCACAGUUGAAGUAUUGUGUUAUUUAUAUGGAUAUAAACACAUAUAUAUUAGACUUUUGAAUUGUAUUUUGUUGGAAGACAUGCUGGCAGAUCUGAUGAAGAGUAAAAAAAAAGUAAUCUUAAAACAGGCUCCUUGUGUGUUUUUAACAGAUGGAUAACUUCACCCUCAGGGUUAUGAAAAUCCCACAGCAGGUUAUCAGAAAAUAACUUGAAGAGAUGUUAAAUGUCCCUGCAGUGGGAGGCUUUCUCAUUGAAGUUUAGUGUUUCAAAAGAAAAGGCAUUGUUGUAAUACUUCACUUUCACAUCGUUCAUUAUGAGGUUGACAUACAGCAUGUCAACCAUCAUGCAGCACGGUUCACUCGUCUUUAUCAAAGCAAAGCAGUUUCAUGAACAUGUUAUAACAGAGGGGAUAAAGAAAUGUCAUACAGAUAGAAAUUUCAAUUCUUUAGCCAACCCGUCCAGUUCAGGCCUGUCUGUGAAGGUACUGCUCUGCUGGACUCACUGGUUGCUGCUCUGUAAACAACCAGAGAUCAGCUGCUUCCCCACUUUGAAGAAACCAUUACUGGAGGUUAUUAGCACAGAAUGUCAAACACACUGUCACCAAUAAAAACACCGGGGAGCACCCAGAGACUCUGCUGGAGAAAGACUUUCCAGUUUAAGCAGUAUAAGCCCUGCUGGUCUCCAGUUGGAAGUCUUUUUGUGACAGUCAUGCAGAUCAAUUGUCGGUUAAGGACAUUCAUAUGCAAAAAUACAGGAUGACUUAAAGACACUCUCCUUUUCUCCUGAAGAGUGUUUAAUUGAAUUCAGUGCAAAGACAGUGAUAACCCAUUGAUGAGAAAUGGCAUUAAAUUUAUUGAGACACAUAGUAAAUGUCUAUCAGUUGAAACUGAAGAUUGGACUUGAGACUUUUGAUGAUUAAAUGAAGUAUCAGAAGAUGACAGGUUCAUGAUUUGUCCUUGAAGGGAUAAACUCUCAGAUAACAGGGUCUUUUGAUUGUUCCAUAGUGAGCUGAACAAGUUACACAGGGUUUUACAAGCCUUAUCCCAUUAGCCCGGCCUCUGAGCUUUUAUAUGUACGUCGUCAGCUGAAGAUGAUCCUCAGUUGUGUAAAUCAUUAAUGCUCAUAUUAUUCAUGUAACUGCCUGAUUUAUUGUACUAUUUAUUGUUUUGUUUAAUGCAGAUCCACGUGUUCAGUGCUGAGAUCUGUAAUCCCAAAAACUUCGUGUUUCCUCUUUCUUUAACCCUAAGUAGGAUGUGUAAUUAUCAUCAUAUGCAAAUGCCCUACUUCUAUAGUAAUCAAAGACAUCUGGUUCUUGUCUGCCAUCUAGUCAACAAGUGCCUGCGCAGAAAUGCUCCUUGUUUCCCUCGGGCAGGGUACUCAGUGGUUUGAGAAGCAUCCUGGAGACAGUGUUAGUUUUGUCUUUAAAUUCAUUCAUGUGGACUGUCACACACUCUGUUUGAAAACAGGACACCAUGUACUUGUCUUAAGAAAGGCACAGGAAAAACGAGCGAGAUAUUGUAGAUACCGUGUUCAUGCCUCUUUUUUUUCUCUUGGUUUUUCUUCUCUCCACCAGCUCCUCUUCAUAUACGCAGGAGAUCGGGAGGCCCUUGCAUUUUCAGCCCCCAGCGUUGGACUUUGGGACGCAGUAAGUCGUGUUUUCACUUCCUUGUUCAAUUUCACAUGCCCUAAUAAGCUCACGGGUAAUGUAGUUUGAAUUUAAAGUGAUGAAACCUUAGCUUACACUGCAAGUAACAAAUGUUCCUCUUUUCAACACCGCUUAGUCUUGAGAUAUUAAGAUUAAGAACAUACAAUAAGACAGUAAUUUAUGAAGAGACAGUGAUAUUCACAUGUGACUUGUGGUUCUGAUCAAUGCUGCACAGAGCAAACAUUUCAUAAAGCAGGGGGGCCCUCGGUCUUAAAGUACAGAGGGAUGUCCAAGUAUGGCAGUAAGCUUCCUUUCCCAGCAUCCAGACACAUACUGGAGAAGGCUGACCCUCAUCAGAGGGGUUAAGAACUUCACUGUUUGCCUCCAUAGUCCCAAAACAGCCAGAACAUUAGACGUAAUGCUGUGGUUGGAACACAGCGCUCCUCGAAAAGAAAACAGUCACAAGCUGCAUCCAUUUUGUUGUGUUUUUUUCCAUACUUAUGGAAUGCAGAAAACAGACGACUGACCAAAAAGUCCCGGGAAAAUAUUUGGGCACUGAUAUAAUGCCCCAGGAUUUUUUUGUGCUUGAAAUCAAAACAGAUAUGUGAGAUAAAAGUUUCACCAAUUUUUAUCCGUGAAAACUGCGGGAACAGCUCUAAAAAAAACUGUCCUGUUACGUCACAAGCAUUCACAGGUAAUCAAUCCUGAUGGUUCAUAAUUAGAUUAUUAGUGUUGGAACUUUUCGGGUACAUUUUGACAUGAAUGAGCUCAAGCUGAUGACAUGGUUAAAGAGAUAUAGUUCAUAAAUAGACGAGAUGUUGAAAUACGUACAAAAAGAAAGCUGAUGUGGUGGAACACUUUUAGAUUGCAUGUCUAUCGGCUUGUGAAUGGUUACCGAUUAUUUAGCCAACAAUGUUCACAGCAGACUGUAUUUAAAAGGGUUGGUAAAAUCAGGUAAGCCCACAAAAAUAACCCAAAAUACUGCGUGUUAUUUGCCAAUAUGCAGAAAACGUAAAUGUACACCUUCCUGUCAACUGAUUCACAGCGCUUCUGUGGAGUAGGACGUUCAUUUGCCUUAAGGGAAAGUAAACUGAAACUCUCACAGACAAAUAGGAAGUCAAAGAUGCUUCGAUUUACUCUUCUCUGGACAUCUUGAGGUGGAAAUGUCUUGAAGUGCUCGAAGCAUUUAUGUAGUUAAGUCAUUUCUCAGUGUUUUACUUGCCCGAACUAGAGCUAAAAUAGAGCCCUUUUAAAUUUCAAGUGCGUUUACUUCAUGUUAAAGAAUUUUACAUACCCUGAAGAAGUGUCUCAAAAUGAGGCUGACUCAGUUCAGAGUUGUUGAGCAAACUGCUGAUGCUGUGCGUUUUGUCUUCAGAGUUUAACAGUGUGCAAGAAAUUGUGAAUUUCCUGCUUAAGGUAAUGUAGAGUUAAGUUAAGUUUUGAAGAAAGACGUGUAUGUAUAUUCCCAGAAAUAUAUCUAUCAAAACGCUGGGUUUCCCUUUUAUAACACCAUGACUGUUUGCUACAUCUCCUACUUUUGCUGAGUUCAUUAAACCCAUCAUCUCAGCUCACUACAAUACAGUAAAAAAAAUCUACAAACUUUUUAACAUCAGGGCAUCAGCAAAUAAGUGUGUCUGCAUAAAUGAACUCAUCAGUGAUUACAAACUGGAUCACCUUUUUCUCACUGAAACCUGGUUGGGCACAGAUGCGCCUGCCACAGAACUACUCUCAGUUAUUCUCACAAACUGCAAUCCAAUAUUUUAAUUGAAGAUUUGAACAUACAUGUUGAUAAUCUGUCAGGUACCAAAGCCAAAGAGUUUGUCAGAUUAAUACUGCCUGCAGAAGAACAACAUUGCCUCUAGUGUGUAAUUUGUGUGUCUUAGUUGACCAGCACCACAGAUUAGUUUAUUUUUAUCUUUGGUUUAUCAGGGCACUCUUUUGUUUGCUGACAACAGGUGAUACAAGAAAGCGUCAAGUACUUUUGUACCUCUUAUUAAACAAACAUGUGAAACCAAAUGAGGUUGAACACGAGUGCAAAGUGUUUUUCUUUCCAAUACUUUAACUAAAUCAAGGUAUUAAAAACUUCACAGAGGUGAACAAGCAACUCUUCAACAUUAUUAGAUUGCAUUAUUUUAAAAAGGUCUACGUUAUUGUUCUCAUCUUAAGGAAUACAUCUAUAAUAACAUUAAGCCAUGCAUGCACUGUGUGUUAUGCAAGGUUACCUCGGAGACCUAGUAAACUGGUAAUGUAACCCAGUUGAAAACCCCUCCCAUUCUGCAUGAGUCAGUGCCACAUGAUUAAUUCAACACCCUUAAUGAAUGCUUGUACCAAGUUAAAUUACCUGCGUAUUAUGUACCUCUUUAUGAGAACCCAGCUAUUAGAACAUGUGGUCAUAAAACAGAUAUGUGUUUCAAUGAAUUGAACAUAACUGAAUAAUGGGUUUAAUCUGACUAAGACAGGGUGGGGUAAGGAGUCUGAUAUUAAUCUGUCAAACAUCAAACACACAAGGAAGACUGUUUUUUUUACCUGCUACUCACAAAGAGGCAAAUGGAUGAUUUUCCUCUCUAAGCUUUCCCAUACUGACACAAUGCAAAGCAGCUGUCAUUCAGGGACUCACUGCAGUGGCCAAAUAAGCAGGCUUAUCUCUGUCUUGAAAACACUGACACACAGUGAAUUAAAGUCCUCCUCAACCUAGAUAUGAGAUGCAAAUAGAUAUAUUUGGCACAUUAACAUCUUAAAUGUCACAUUUAUUGUGUUGUGACAUUAGAGUCGGUAUAUAAAAAGAGCAUAAGAAUUGAAUUUUGUAGACAUUUACUAUUAAAUGGUUAAACAUUCAUAAUAAUUAACAUUAAUCACUGCAACUUCACCACCCCUAAUGCAUUUUAAAAGCAGCAGAAUGAUCUAAUUUAAUAAAGCUCUAUGAGUAAGCAUACUUAUAGAUAAUGAGAUGAUGUAUGGAAGCAUUUGGCAUUAAAUAUCUCAGCUGGCUGUGGUGCUCUAUGGGUAAAUGCCUCAUUGAGCCUUUUGUUUAUGAUGCCAUUCUGUCUGUCUUUACAGGCCGCUGGGGCUGGCAAGAGCUGAAACCAUAUAUAUACAAAACCCCAGCCAGGAAGUUCCUGUGACCCUGCUGUCAAUGUUUACUUCCAGCAGGCAUUUUUACGUACCCUUCUUUCACAGAAGAGUAAGUGUAUCUUUGUUGGUUUGUGUUAUCUUUUUUUUGUUCCGUAUAAUAAAUUCAUCAGCACUAACGUCUGGUUAACUGUUAACAUAACUGAAGUGUCUCCUCCUGUUUCCUGUCCUAGGUGAUCCCACCCAGAGGGAAGGCAUCUUUUAAACUAAUUUUCCUCCCGUCUGAGGAGGGCAAUGUAGAAAACACAUUAUUCAUAAACACAUCGGCCCAUGGGCUGCUCUCAUACCAGGUCAGUUUCAUUGAUACUCCUCCUGCUGUCCAGUUUCAGACCAUGUAGUCGUGCUGUGAUUUCUGAUGAAAUUAUCAUAUUGCAAGAGGUCACCCCUCCAACCAAACCAAAGCGCUACCAUACCGAACUGUGUUUUUCUGUUUUUGCAACGCUGACAUCCAAAAUAUGACCAGACCUGACUACUGAUGGCCUGAGGAUUGUUGCUAACGGCAUGAUUAUUUUCACUAGUGUUGUCUUUUACCAGUUUAAAUGGCAGCGAACCCAGCAUUGCUCUAUCAGAUUAGAUUAGACUAGAUCACAUUAGAUGAGACAUAUAAUCUAAAACAUCAACUCCAUAACUCUGUUUAACAGUGUUUCUUCACUUGCAGCUUCUCUGUCGGUGACUUUGUGUUUACUUCACCUCAGGAGACCUCUGUGUAUUCACUCUGUUCAAAGAGUAAUUAGUGUUCUGUCUGCUAAUUUGCAUUCACAUGCCUCAGACGGCAUUAUCCUCAUGACUUACCUGCUCCUCCGCCAUGAAGACAGUCUUGUUCUUCCACCUUAACUGGGUGUCCUGCGUCAUCAGACUCUAACAUUUUUUUAAGUCUCAGUAAGAAUUAUGUGAUAGUUAUGAUUCUUAAAACCCCAAAUAAGUUUCUAACACGAUAAUUGAUGUUUUCCAAGGGUGAACAGUUUGGUCAGAGAAAAUCGCAUCUGUUUUGAAAAAAAUGUAGCUGUGAAAUGGAACCUGUGUAAAAUUUUAUUUCCCAAAACUUGAGAAAUGUGUGUCAUGUUUAGCGGCUUUGAACGUGUGCGACGUGUCCAGUGUUUUUCAUAUGCAAACAAACACACCCAAACUUGUAGACACCGCCUUCAACAGUGCCACUCCCUUCACAUGCUUCAAACAGUUUCAGUCAGUCACUUGCUAUUGACCAUUUGCUCAGUCAAAGUUAUUCUGUCUCUAGAGUCCUAAAACUACCAAAUGAAUCAGCUGUAAUCUUGCGUUAAAUUCAGCCUUAACUAGUGUUUCAAAGUCCCGUUUUUAGGUGCAUGUAAACAGUUAAAGCAAAUACAUCGACAAAACGCUACAAUAUAACUGUAGAUACGUUAUCAGUAACUUUAUAACAAGCUCCUGCGGAAGUCCAGCUCAGACCCUUUAAAUGACUCCUUUGUUUUCUCGUACAAUGUCAGGUCUUAACGCUUGUGGUGAAGCUAAUCCUUUUUAAUUUUUAUGGUAACCGCUCCUUCUUUUUCCAGGUAUUUGGUGGGGGAGUUCACCAGGGUUCAUUAAAGUCUGUCCAAAGAAAAGACAGCCUGUUAAUAUUCCCUCACAUCCAGAGCAUUAAGCUGACCCAAACUCAGGUAUGUGUUUAAAUGUCUGUUUGUUGGUUUGUGCAGGCCAAUGCAUGAUAGUAAGCAACAGCUGUUCAUUGGAAACAGCUGAUCGCCCUUUUCCUGCUCGCCAUGAUAAACAGACUGGUUGUAUGCAUGCACACAGAGGCCUUGUGACACACAGCGACAAACUCUUGUCAUAGAUAUGUGUGUAGUCAGCGAAGGAUCUCACAAACACUCGUUUUAUUUGCUCAAAAUUUGAAUGCAUGCAUGCAGAGUUGAAACACAAACACCCAUUUUUAAAAGCACUCGUGCUUUCCACAGUCAGUCAUUCUGACACGUGUUUCAAAGCCACGCAAAAACACUGGAAAAACAUCGAAUUAGUGCAUUUUCUCAGAAGCAAGCACAGGUAUUGAAAGUGUGAGAGAUCUGACAGUUCUCGCCUCUGCAACAGGAAGUGGGGUGGCAGUUGCAAAAUGUCAGCUUGGCUGAGCGCAGAGACACUUGAGCUUCCAGUAUCAGUCAGACAGCUGCUGCUUGUGCCGAAUGCAGACUUAUAAUCUCUCAACAAGCUUCACAUUUUUAACAUAUGCUUGACAAAAACAUUCUGAUUUCCUCAACUUUGUAUCAGAUUCUACAUAAAAAUGUGAAACCACAUUAAUAUUUGGUACAUUUGUUGUCUUUUUCUGCAUUGCUGCUUUGUCUGGCAAGUGAUAUUUAAGCUGGCAUUUAGUACUUAAAGCAAAAAAGCUGUAAGACUUUGCUCAGAGGAUGUGAGGAGGUCACAAUCGUGGAGCAUGGCAUGUUGAGAAGAUAAAGCAUUAAGAUGACUUUAAAAAUGAACUUCUUGAUUCCUGACUCAAACUCUUUCAUUAUGUUGUUCACCUGUGACCUGGUUGGUCAAAGUAAAUCAGCAUUAAAAUCUACAAAAACCCUCUCAGCCAUCUGACUUUGCCAAAUGGUUUUACUGCUUAUUUUUAUUUGCUCAACAAGUGACCUAACCAACCAAACCUGCUCUGUAGACAUGCUGAAUCUCCCCAGCAUGCAGUUCACAUCUAGCACCACUAGAGUUCAGUAAAGCUUGGCUUUGUAUCUGUAAACGAAGGUCCUAGUAAGCUUUGAAGGAAACUCUUGGCUGAUGGUUCUUCAUGAAAUGUUUCUUUCUUACCUUUAACCACAGGAUCUGUCUUUCUCUUAUCUCCUGCAGGAAGAUGCCUCUAACAUCACCAUACUGGGUCUGCUUCUGGAGUGCAGCUUACCCAAGAGUUUGUUCAACAGUCUUCAGGUACAUGAUCAAACACUUAUUGAGGGAUGACCUUAACACUGAGUGAAACAGAUGUUUAAAGACCUUGAAUAAUUAUGAUUGUCUUGAUUUUUACCCAUAAAAAAAUCUCUUUCCUCAUAUAAAGUUUUCGAACUACAUGCUGUUAACUUUCUACAAUUCCUGAAUCAUCAGAUAAAAUCAGAAAGCCUUUCCUGUCAGUUUCUGGCCAUUUUCUGUUUCUAAUUUGUGUAACAGUAACAGAACAAAAACAACUUUUCACUCUGAUGAUAACAUGCAAGAUUUCAUGCAACUCUGACAAAGUCCUCCUCUCUGUCACCACCAUCAGAGAGUCCAGCUCUACUCCCACAGUUACAUACGUCAUUUUUAGUGACUGUGAUAGUCACUGUUUUUAGCUUGAUCAUACUUAGCUGUGAACGGUGACUCUUUCUCACGGCUCUCAUUUCACCCACUCCCCGAAGUUUCAGACGCACUGGCCUUCUGCUCAAACAGACAGACAGGCCGGCUCGUCAUCUGUUGUCUUCAGAACCCCUAAGGAGGAUGAGAUCUCUUGCCAGGCUUUUAAUUGCUCUCCCAAGAGCUUCUAUAAUUGACGUGUGGCUCCUGGUGCUUGUGUGGCGCAAUAUACAUGAUGCAAGGGUUGGCUGCAGGGCGCCUAACUAUACCGUCAUGAUAAUACUGACUGAAAUCAUCCUUGCGUAGUGUUGCAUGAUUCUCUCAACUGUGACGUUUGGGCCUGAUCCCAGAUCAGCACCUGCUUCUCCUUCCUUUUUUAAGACUUCAUUAAGAAAAUCAAGGACUGGCCUUUGGUCAGCAUCUGUAAAUAGACCAAACGAGCCUCACAGGAAGUUAUAAGUAGUCUUGGUUUCACGGGGAUUAGGUUUGCUAUUGCAUCCUUGAGCCCCUAUGGCUCCUGGCCAGGGCUUCUGUCGACAGGUCGUCAAAAGCUGAUUCAUCCACUGAGACCAGCUCUGGUUUAUAGGGAGAUUUGCACUCUUCCAGCACUGACUUGUCGGCUUCUGUAGGGUGUUACUCAUAAGGAAGGGAGUGGUAGGUUACUGCCAGCUUGUUCAUCUGUUCACCAGCUGAAAAAAGAGGAAACAUUUUCUACAUUAUCUUUGUCUCUUCAUCAUCAGCGCUUUUUUAUUGUUGGCUUCAUCACAGUCUCUGAAGGUCUUGUCUCUCAAAUUUCUCCUUGUUGCUACCAUAUUUAUCCUCCUGUAUGAUGAAUGAUUGAUGUUCCUUUCCUGUCCCGUCCCAGGGCUCCUGCCUCCAGAAUGAGGAGCGCCUCAGUUUGCAGAUUAAUCUGUCUGCUCGCGGCGACCGGCCUGCUGACCUGGACAAGCUCAAACCUUACAUCAUCGAGCACAUUUUGGUGCUGCUGAUGGCCCCUGCAGCUGGACCGGCUGCAGUAGGUGGGUUUGUUUGUCCUCCUGUUCUGGUGUCUGGAGGCAAAUGAGUUAGCAUCAGUGAGCAAGAUGAUACAGCUGAAUUCAGAGAGCGUUGUGAGUCAUUCACUCAUCCAGACCUGGGUUUGUGGUACAUGGUAUCACGAGGAAAAGGUCAGUAGGUUAAUAUAGUGUUUAGAUUUUGACACUGAGCAAAGACUUUAUGAGGCUCUCUGACAUUUCAAGUGGUUGCUUUUGUCCACCAGGUCUUGUUUACUUCGACUCUGAUAAAGACAUCUCCAUUAAUCGGGAAUGAUGUGAUUUUAAUGAUUAUACAGCUGUCAGAAAAUACACCAACAAAAGGAGAUUUAACUUUAGCCUCACUUUACAGAGUAACACAGAGGCUGAAGAGAUCAUAUUCACCCAUACAGACUGUCUCAAGCUAACUGUGUUUGCUUUUCUCGUAUUUGUUUUCUUUACUUACCUGAAGUCUUUCUGACAGCAGCAGAUGUUGACCUAGUGUUCAGCCUUGGCUCUUUGAACAUUGAGUGUAUUCUUCGUUACGUAUGCGUUUUAUAUACUACCCUGUUUUUAAUUGUCCAUCCUGGUUUGUUUUACAGGGGAACCGAGGCUAGGAGUUUAUAUGUUAAAUUCUGGAGGCAAAAAGCUCUACAUAAAGGUAAGGAAUUGCUCUGUAUUGAACUUGUACAUGUAGGUGGUUAUGCAGAGGUGAGGUGAACAGCAUAACCCCAUCUUAUUUGCAUUAAUACCCAUUUACAAUUAGUUUCUCAUUCAGCCACCAGCUGAAAACAAACAAGUUAACAAAAAAUACCAUUAGCCUGCCUUUCCCUUAUAGUUUAUAUUCAACUUAACAUUUCCAUUAAAGGUGAAGUCAAACAAAGAGAGGAUUUCUGCAGGAAUAUCAAUGCUGACAUUUGUUCAUGCUCAGACCUUUCCUGAAGCUUUAGAGUUUAAACACCUUAAAACAUGAAUAAGUUUUAACAUUUUUGCCAAUCCUAUGGCAACGAGAAAUAGUUUCAGUAAGGCAGUCUUUAUCUACAAUCCUAUUCAAAUUUCAUUCAAGUUUUUUCAAAUUAUACUCAAAUUUUAAGGUCAGUUUUUAUUUUCAGCAGCUAGCGGAAAGAAAAAACGGUGGAGCCUUCUUUUUUCUAGAUCUCACCAUCAGUCUGAAAGCUCUACUUCAUUAAAGUACUCGCCGAAAUAAAAAUCAAUUUCAGCUUUUAAAUAUCAGUAAGAGUUUUACUGUUAGGAUUUUAUUUAAUUCCCAAGUAUCGCUCCAACAGCCUGGCUUUUUGACAUUUCGAGAGAUGCACUCAGUGAAGCUUUUAUCACUUGGACUGCAGAAUAGGACGCUCCGCUUUUCCCUAUCAGAGACAAGCUGGUCGUGCCAUUGUGUUUGACAAUAUUAAAUGCCAUCAAACCCAAUUUUUUUCACUCAGCAGCAACAGGCAGAUAUGAAAUGUGCUGGACUCCUUUCAGGGCUCCAUUUACCAUGAUGUGCUGAUGAGGUUAUCACCAAUGCCGCUUUUGCAAUUGAGAAUUAAUUACAGUCGUUUCUGGGGUUCGACCUUUUUAAAUCCAGGUCUUUUGCACAGCCGGAUAAUAAACUAAUUUAUCUCCCCAGGACAUGCAGGUGCUGUCAAAAGUGGAGGCCAGUCUGGAGUUUAAUCAAGUUCUUCUGAGACCAGAAGCGAAAAAUCUCACAGAAGUGGCGACACUGAGCUGCCGAGGUAAAAACCCAUUUAAUUUAAAAUCAUUUCCUCUGAAUUCUUGUUAUAAGUGCAGUGGCAUUUGACUCAAGGGUUAUGUAAUUUUAUGUAACUCUUGUGAAUUUUAUUGUGUCUCCAAUCAGGUUCAUUACCAGGACAGGGGAGGAAAUGCACAAGUCAUAUCAGUUUAAAAAUCCUGGGAAACCAGACAACAUUCAACUUUCCUGGACUACGUAUCACACAGAGGUUAGAGCCUUUUACACUUCAGCUGGCAAAUUAGCCCAUCAAGGUCUCUCAAAGUGCUAUAAGUCAUUUUUUCUGUUUGGAUAAAACAUAUUAUACCUAAAAAUAUAUUGCAAAGUGGUCACGUAGCACCAUAAAUGUUAUACUGAAGUUUGACGGUGUAAAUAUAUCAAUAAUGACUUUUUGUGUUUACAGAUCAACUGCAGGCGAACUGUCCAGUCUGGUCCAGCUCAAACAAAGAGAUCCAGACCAGGUGGAUCUGUGGCUGACUAACUCCCUCCUGCCCCUCACUGUGCUGAACGUCAACCUCUCACAGAAGCUGCAGGGAGUGAUGAAGGUAAGCAGCUUUGCUUUAUGUGAUGAUAUAAAGCAAGAACAAACACAUGAGGAUUAGAAAACCUCCUAGUUUAUGUUGAGUGAGCUAUGACAUGGCUGUAGUGCACCACACUUCUGAGUCAAGUACAGGUUUUGAUGUAAGUGUCUCUUCUGCCCCGCUUCUGUUAGGUGGUGAACUUCAGUGCUCCACAGAGGGUCCCAAAGGGCUGCUGGCACGUUCUGUCACUCCAGCUGCUCAGCAGGUCCCUGCCUGUUAACCAGUUCUCCACCUUAAGUCUGGACACCAACCUGGGAACAGCACUGCACAUUCCCCUGUACUUUCAAUCUACUCCUUUCGAGGUAAAACACGAGCUCUGGUGGCCGCUUAGCUGGCUAUUGUCAAGAAUCAUACAGACUCUGAUAUGCUGAUGUGUUGAUGUGUUUGCCAGCAGGGGGAGGUGGUCUUUGAGGCAGAACGAGAGUGUGGAAGGCCUUGCCCCCUCAGAUUGUCAGAAACAGGUGCGGCAUCAUAUCUCAUAACAGCUUGUGAGAAAAAGUAUUUUUUGUUUCUGUUUUAUGUAUGAAUUUCUUUUUUUUUGUCCCAUCAGGCCGUUCAGAGUGGCAGCGCUCUCUCCUCCCAGACUUCUUCACCUCGUCUUGGGAAACAGACAGCAAACUGGCUGCAGAGCUCUGCUCUCGCUGGCAGAGCCACAAAGACAAGCUGCCUUGCAGGUUAGACACACGAAACAGGGCUUUCUUGUCCAAGCAAAUGGAUGUCAUGUAAUCUGUCUUUGUGCAGUAUUUAACUUUGUGGCUGUCUUGACUUCUUAGGUGGCCGAGACUCCCUGUAGAGACGUCUCUUCCUCUAGAUUUUGGUGCUACACCCGUCAAUGAGAGCAAGGUGGGCAAAAGUUAGCUCCUCCUCACUAAUAACGACGUUUUGUUCAAUGAUCUGGACUGAAAAAGAGGUUUGCUGCUGACAAAUCAUCCAUUUUUGGGUUGUUAUUCCAGGUGAAGACGUUUACUCUGAAGAAUCCUUCUUCCUCAGUGGUUUCUGUCGAGAUUCGAAGCCUCUCCUUGUACCCUGCCCCACUUGAGGCUCUGGGCCUUCUAACCAAAUGGUAGGCAUGGAUCAGGAGUACCAUUCUCAUUUUCAAAAGGAGUACUUAACUCUUGAGAGCAUGGUACCUCUUAUAUCAUCAUGUUGAUUGUCAGACCUCAAUCUCUGCUUUGAUUGGCAGGUUUAAUAUCAGCCCGGUCUCUGUCAACAUCAGCACUACAGAGUUCUCACUGCUGGCCUCUCCCCCAAAGGUAAAACAUCCUCAAAAGUGAAGUUAUCUCUAAAAAAUGUCUUUGUAUUAAUUUAUCCAUUUGUGUCCCUAACCUUUUUCGCAAUCGCAUAGAUGACAUGUAAAGUUUGCUGUUCCUUUCUAUUACCGUCUUAUUGAUAUUGAAACUGAUAUUUCCCUCUCCCUGUGCUUUUGCGAUCAGGAGGGUGAGAGUGUGGAGGACAUAACAGGAGAAGGCGUUGUGCGAUUGCUGCUGCAGCCCUGGGAGGCCAGAGAAGUUGCUGUAGUCCUGACACCCUCUGGACACAAACCCAGCUCGACCAUUUUCAUCAUCAGGUAAUGAUAAAUAGUACUGAGUUGUGUUUGGUAUUGCAUUUUUGAAGAUUAAAAUUGAUUUUACAUUUCUCAGUAGAUUUAUGGUGCAUUACCUGACUUUGUGAGUUAGCAUGAACGAUACUGGAGCUCUGAAUCUAAAGCAGCUGAACGCGAGUUCUUUGAAUUUGAUCAACACCUCUCCCAUUGUUGAGGCUUAUAUGAGCUUUUUGAAAGAAGGCCUAAUACCAACAACUUUCAACGUGUCUACUUUCUGCUAAAUUGCACCACUGAUUGUGAAGUAGAUGUAACAGAUCUGUGAGAUAUAGAAAAACUGAAGACCAUGAUGGAUACGAUCUAGGAAACCAGAGUUCUCAGUAUCUAUCUAGUUUUUUUAGUGGUUUCAAUGAAAACUUCUUUACAUGCCACGUAAACCAUAUGAUGCAAAUAGUACUUUUUGGAUGGUUAAAAAAAUGCUGACUUGUGUAGUUUAUUCAAUACUUUAUGGUGCUCUGCCCUUGUUUUUGCAGCACAUGCAGCAAAUUAUCGUAGAUGAGAAAGUGCCAGUUAUGUCUUAUAUUGUGGAAGUUCUUUAUUAAAAUUAGUUAUAUUUUUAUUCAGGCUUAUUCAACUUCCCUAUUUCAACUGCUGACUUGGUAAAAAAGGGGUUUUUACCACUGCUGAUAUACGUACUGCUUUAACUUGAGUUCAGGGUACAAAUAUUGAUAACCACAUAAAAAUAAUACAGGACGUACAGAGAAAUUCAAAGUGAACACCUAAGUCUCGACAAAGAUUUUUGGAAACAUUUUCUAACUGAAGCAUUGUCCAUCCAUUGUGAUACUUACUGACUUUUUUUCUGUUACGUUGUAGGAACAACCUGACGGUGUUCGACAUGAUGAUGGUGCAGGGCUACGGGGCCAAAGAGCUGCUGAGAGUUGGAGGUAAACUUCCAGGCCCAGGAGCAUCUCUGCGCUUCAAUGUUCCGCAGUCGACUCUCAUGGAGUGUCGAGAUGGUGAGACUGUUUGAACUUCCUGUUUCCACAUGACUGUAGAGUAAUCAAGUUUCGAGGUGCCUGUUUACUGUUAACAGUAAGAGAAAGUGAUACAUCAAACAGACGGAUCCUGUGUGUCGUAUCCAGGUCUGCGCUCCAACAAGCCGCUGUUUGCCAUCAGGAAGAGUUUUAAAGUGGAGAAUGCAGGCGAGCUUCCCCUGACUGUCAUGUCCAUGAAUAUAAACGGAUAUAAGUGUCAGGGAUUUGGAUUUGAGGUCCUGCAAUGUCGCCCCUUCAGCCUUGACCACAACGGCUCCUCUGAGAUCACUAUUGCGUAAGUUUGCUCAGGUUUACAGUGGAUACCCUUUCUACUGUCGAAACUUCAAACAAUGUUUCUUAAUGCUCACUUUUGUCCUGUAUCAGUUACUGAGUUCAUGAAAAAAAUAUUUUCUCUGUCAUUGUGGAAGGGUUGACAUCCGAUGCAUGUUUCCCUUUUCUUAUUACUUCCCCCUUCACUUCCUCGUCCUGCUUGUUUCUUCUUCCUCUUCUUUUCUAUCUUCUUGUUCCAUCUUUUACCCACUCUACCUUUUUCUUGAUUUUAUCUACCUUCCUGUGUCCUCAGGUUCACCCCAGACUUCACCUCAUCCUGGGUCAUCCGGGACCUCACCUUGGUGACGUCACGCGGCACUUCCUUCCCAUUCACUCUGAAUGUGACGCUGCCACACCACAUGCUGCCUCUCUGCGCUCAGGUGGUGCCCGGUCCCAGCUGGGAGGAAACUUUCUGGGUGGUCACACUUGUCUUCACAUGGUAAGUAGUACAUUGAAUGCUCCCACAGUCCUCUCCCAAAUACAUUUAGGUGUUUGAAAGAAACUCUACUGACAUUUUGUGAACUGGACAGAUCAGCUGUUGACAUUAAGUUUGUGAAUGUGCAGACAUGGAGAUCCCAAACCAGUCACAAUUACCACAAGGUUUUAAGUGUGUGUAUCAGAGGAGUUAUUCUUAAUCGGUAACCCGUGUCUGUACUUUGUUUCUGUUUCAGCUUCUCUCUGUUUGGUGUGUGUCUGAUGGCUUUUCAUCAGGCUCAAUACAUCCUGAAUGAGUUUUCCACUCCCAGCAUCAGGAGCAACCACAACUCUGUCCUGUCACGGGAUAACGGCCCUGUCAAUAAUAUCACCCCCAAUGGAGUGAAGUAUGUCCCACAUUCAUCCUCGACUGUUGACUACUCACCUUAAAGGGAUAUUCCGGCGCAAAAUUAAUUUAGGGUCAAACACACUGUAACACUGAGUUAGACACCCCCUCAAGAGAUGAAUUUUGCCGACCGCUUGCUUCUCUAGUUAUACCAACUUUAGUAACGACCGCAUGAUAGCAAUACACAGCGGUCUGAGGAGCCAUACACAAACCUCAACCAAAAUGCCACUCUAUAGCCACAAAUAAUGCUCAGAACAGCACCUAACUUCAUCAACAGUACAUAUAGGGUCCCAGCCAUAGUGCUAGCCAUCAAACAUCUUUUUAGCUUUGCCUAAUUUCUUUAGCAAAGAGACUAAACACAACUCACCUACUCUCUUCCAUCAGCCGUUUGUUUGUAGCGAGACCUCAGACUAGUCCUUCAUUGACAACAGCAGGGUGACACAGCUCAAGGAAGAACAUUUAUGAUCAUUUCUUCAUGCAAAUGCAAUCAGACCGAGACGCUAAAGCAGAAGAACUUCCGCAUCUGCAGUGGAAAUAAAGUAAUGAUCAUAAAUGUUCUUCCUUGAGCUGUGUCACCCCGCUGCAGUCAGUAGCUGCGUUUCCAUUACCCAUAGAUUUGCGCAAAACCUAAAUAUCGCAAUAGAAAACUGGUAAUGGAAACAGCUAAAUUUCGAAAAACCUCUCAAGUAUUGCUAAAAAGUUUUUACGCUCUCAUGAGGUGGUUUUUCAGACGUGUCGAUAUAGAAGUAUAUCGCAAAAGUGUAAUGGAAACACUAUUCUCGCAAUUCUCUGUCACCGAACGUGACGUAGCGGGUCGUGUGAUCAGUUCAUUUCAAGCAAAGAUGACGCGGUAUGUGUGGACGGGGGAGGAGACGGAGUUAUUUCUGAAGUUUUGAAUUGUAUUUGUAUUUUCUUAAGUGUUGAAUCCACAAUUCGUCUGUGAAUUCCUCAUUAACGAUCCUCUCCCAGAAAUCCCUCAUCCGUGUCCGCUCCCAUACAUUCGGGCUUUGCCUUUGAAUUAUCACCCGCUGCCUUCGUCUUCUGAUGACAGCAGCGGCAACAGCAGUAAUGGUCACAGAAAUAGCUGCUCCAAAACGCAAAAUGUUUUGUGUCUCGUCCAUGUUGGUGUGCAAAAAGGCUUAAGGAAUACGAGCUCGCAAGGGCAGGAAGUUUACCUCGUUGCUAGGCAACGGCCAUUCAAACACAGCUCGCUUAUGCACUGAACACCAUUCAAUGGAAACACCCGCAAAUCGCAAUUGUACUUUGUCGAAAUUUGAUAAACAUCGCUUUUAUUUUGCGAAAAAAUGUAAUGGAAACGCAGCUAGUGAUGGACUAGCCCGAGUUCUCACUACAAACAAGCAGCUGCUGGAAGAGAGUAGGCGAGUUGUGUUUAGUCUCUUUGCUAAAGAAAUCAGGCAAAGUUAACAAGAUGUUUGGUGGCUAGUGCUGUGGCUGAGACCCUGUAUGUACUGUUGAUGAAGUUUGGUGCUGUUCCCAGCAUCAUUUGUGGCUAUAGAGUGGCGUUUUGGUUGAGCCCGUGGCUCCUGAGUCCGCUGUGUAUUGCUAUUGUGUGGUUGUUACUAAAGUUGGUUUAACCAGAGAAGCAAGCGGUUGGCAACAUUCAUCUCUUGAGGUUGUUUAACUCUGUGUUACAGUGUGUUUGACCCUAAAUUAAUUUUACACCGGAUUAUCCCUUAAACAUCAAUACUGUGUAAUCUUUUCUGACAUAACCAUUCUCUCGUUUCUUUCUUGUUUGUGCAGUAAAACCAAGGGUAGUUGUAAGAGCUACGUGGAAACCAGUCACACAUCAGACAAAGGUAAGGGGCGGGGCUCUCCAGCCUUGGCCAACAGCCCCGCCCCACGUCCUCAAUCUUCAAAGAAAGGAUCAUCCAUUACCCCAUCCCAGUCCCAGAAGAAACACAAAGUUUCACUUUAUUACACCAAAUACAAGUCCAGCUCAUCCACCGCAGCAGCUGGAGCUGUGCUGGUGGAUGAAGAGCAGGAAGACCUUACACCAGACCCUCCCCUGACCCCAGACCCUGAUAUCUGCAACAACAACGAGCCAGCUUUCAUCAGCGAGCUGGACAAAAAGAUACCUGCAGACUUUAAAGAGGAGCCCCACAGCACUAUAGAAGAUAGAGAGCCAGCAGCAGUUAUGUUUCCCAUGGAAAUGCCUGCUGGUUUCCCUGAUAACGUCAUGUUGAGCCCGGGACCCAGACCAGGCCUGCUGGUUUGCAGUCCCAUUGAUAAAAGCUGCACCGAGCACUAUGCAGAGAAGAUCGACUCUGAGAAAAGGGACAAUACUGAAAUGGAGGUAUGUAAGGUGUUGAAUGUAUUUAUCUUACUUGUUCAUCCAUGUUCUUUGAAAAACCUAACACCCUGUAAAAAAAUUUAAAAAAAUAAAAUAAAAAGCAGUAAUGACAACUUGCUUUUUAUCUGUUUAGUUAAGAGAAAAUGAAAAAGGGCAGAAGAAGAAGGUACAGAGUGCAGAGACUGGCACCGCAUCAGGAAAUAAUAAGGGAAAGAGUCGUCGCAGAAAGACAGAAACUGUCCCCAGGUAAAAGACAUUUCUGCUUUAGAUUCAUCCACGAAUUAAUGCACUUCUUUCAUGCAUUAUUAUGAAGGUGUCAUGAUGCUUUUGUUGAUUGUGUUAACUUUCAGAAAAUCUGCAAAUGAAUUGAUUAAAUGGCAACUGAUAUACAGGUGAAGCCCUAACAGUGAGAUAAUCUGAAUUAAUAUUUUUCGUCUGCCGUAGUGCUCCUGGGCACAGUGUAGUAGGGAUGCCAGAGAGGGAGAAGGAACCUGAAUGGAAAACAGGAGAACGCAACAUCAAUGGAACCCGCAACAGGAACCGCUGCUGCAACAGCUCCAAGUUAGAAGCGCCAAAGCCUGGACAGAUUGCCGAGAGCCACCUCAAACAGAACGGUGGGUGUCCUCACCCUUAUCACAGUCCAGCAGAACUAACCCAACAUCAGCGCUUUGGUGUUCAUGUCUUUGUCUUUGCGGAUGUCCAGCAGGUGUGUGUCCUAUUCGUACUCGACGCAAGUGUCCCACGGAGCGACGCAGCGCCGGAGUGUGCGAGUCAGGCUCAGACUCAGGCAGCUCAUCAGGCAGCGUCAGGGCCAGCAGAGGGAGCUGGGGCAGCUGGAGCAGCGCCAGCAGCAUUGAGGGGGACAAAGACCCGAGUGCCCGCACACACGCCUGCACUACCUCAUCGAGAAAAAGUGAGUGAGACCCUGUACUCAACCAUAUCAAGGAGAAUUAGAGCUUUUAACUACGUGUCGACACCCACAGGUUUCUUGUUAAUACUUUACAAGUAUCGAGAACCAGAGAAUCAUCUGUAACUGUAAUGUUAUGUUUUAUUUCACAGGGGAAUCCACACAGUACGGCGUCUACCCAGCAGAGCAAGACUGCUAUCAGAACAUGAAAGCGAACUACAAAGCUCACAGGUACCUCAACAAACACACAUUAAAGCUUUUAGCAGUUCUCUAAAGAUGAAUCACUCUGCAUGUCACUCUUAUUGUAGACAGGAUUUGCUGCUCCUUUUUUUGAAAUGUGUUUUUUACGUAAAUCAUGCUAAAUGUUAGGGCUGCACGAUGUAUCGUUUGAGCAUCGUCAUGGCGAUGUACAUGUGCGCGUUAGUCACACUGCAGAGCCUGCGAUGUAGGAGGCUAAUGAACUCAUCUAAUUUCAAGGAUUUCUGACUGAGAUACUCUGCAUGUGACUCUGCAUGUGCUGUGCAGCGAUCCACCAAUCACAUUCAUUCUUUACUCAGUUGCCAAUGAGACUACCCUGCUAGGUGUCAAUCAAAAUCAGAGAGGAGGAAACCACGCCCCUGCACAUGGAGCGAGUCGCUAGCGCUGCCGGUGUUGUGCCGAGACGUGUGACCGCUGAGAAUUACUUUCAGAACAUUACUCAUCACUAUUUAGCUCCACAAAUAAGAAUUUAUGGGUUUUAAGUUGUACAUAUCCGUGGACCACUCUAAUAUAAGCGGUGCACGUUUUGCGAGGGGCAUGCAAUUCCCAGCGGACAUGCAUUUCUCGGCACAACACCAGGAACAACCACAACCAUUGCAAAAUGAGAAAUGAAAAAGAGAAAACCACCAAAAAUGAAGACUUGUUGGCAAAAAGAAAAGCAACGUCAGUUAUCUGGAAUUAUUUCAGUUAAAAGAAGAAACACAUGUUCUGUGUCAGCAGUGCCUUCUAUCCGUUGCCACAAUAACAUCCCAGCAAAAUAAAAGCAAGUUCAAAAUAUCUCCCAGACAGACAGAAGCCAUUCUACUAACAUUUUCAGUUCAGCAUGACAUAAAGUGUUAUUCAGGUCAUCUGGUGAAAAUUCCUCUAUUUUUUUAAUGUCGCAAUAUAUAUCACAGUGUUGGAAAAAAAAAUUGCAAUGUUAGUUUUUUCCAAUAUCGUGCAGCCUUACUAAAUAUAAAACUUUGAGGAUAAAUGAGAACAAGGAGGAUGGAUAAUGUUUCCUCUGACUGAAGAACUCCACAAAGUUCAAAUAUAGUUUCAUACAACAGAAAUGUAUUUUCUUUUUAUUACUAAAAAAUAUCCUCCUUGUGAGGACUCGAUUAGAUGUUACUAGAGGUUAAUGUGUUUAUUAUGAACAUAGUCAUCUGAAGAAAACUAGAGGAAAUUCACUUUUCUCCUCAGACUCUCUCGGCUUGACUUUUGCACAUUUUCUUUUGUAGCAUGAAUAUCUUGUAUUGCAAAGAGGUUUGCCAAAGCCCAGACCCCACAGCUCCCAGCUUUGCCCCGAGUUUUGCUGCAGUUGCUGCAGGAGUGGACAGGAACACAGGUAAAGACAUGAACUUAUCAGAACAUAUUAGUUUAGUCACACCUGCCAAUGGCUUCAACAUUUCCUUUGACAUGAACUGAAAUGUUUUUUCAUGCCUCUCUCAGACCUGACAGGUCAGUAUCUGCCUGAAGAGCAGUGGUCUGCUCCAUCCAUCCCUCUCACCAAUGAGUUCAGAUACAACACCACUGAAGCUCUGCCCUACAUACCUCAGCCAGCAACCACCGCGCCAUACAGCGGGUAGGUUUUUAAGUGCAGGUGAAAGUUGAAUUCCACCUCAAGAAACUGAUGUGAUAAAUAAACAGAAAAACAGGAUGUGAAGCUCGGUGUUCAGAGGAGUACAUCGCAGUAACAGAAAGGACAGGAAGGAGGGGCUUGAAUUUUUAAAUCAAUAAUCCACCAGUGUUUUGUUAAUCAUGACAAACUGUAGUUCCUUCCUGGUUUGGUAACUGAUUCUGGUUUAUAGUUUGAAUAAUGACCCUCUUAGCCCCACACUUCUGUGUCAGUGUAGUAAAGUCGGUCAGUGUUGAGUUUUUAUCUCUCUCUCUCUGUUGAAACUGUUGCAUCAAAUGCUUCCUUGUUUCUUGCAGGUUCACUUGGAGUAGUGCCAACAGCCAUUGCAACAGUCCCUACACCUACUGUGAGGAGAACAACUACAUAGGUACAAACACCUGACUUAAAUUUGAUCAGAGAGAAGACCCAAAAUAUCAGGAGUUCAGCAUUUUCUCCGUAAUCUUACAGGUAAUGGAACAUUUACGAGUGGCUACCCCGGUCAGGAGAGUCAGAAUGCACACUGCAGCCAGACCAACUGGAGUGAGGAACAGCCUCAGGAAUCACCCUCAACCUGGGAAACAGCAGCCUGUGUGGGCAGCAAGGUGAGAAGUCACACCACUGAAAUACCGGGCUGCUCUCCUGUCGUAUUCAAAUCUGUCUCAUCGAAUUUCAGAUAAGGAGGAGAAUCAAAAGUCUCCUUCUGGGUGCAACAAAGUCAGAGAGGUGCUUCACUCUGGUAGAGGGUUUUAUUUGAGUAAAGAUUCUUGCAGUUGGACUUCUUAAGUUUAUUUAUGCUAUUAAAAAAUGAGGGAUGUCUAAACCACAAAAGGUCACAGUAUGACCAAAAUAGUCAUACAGGAUGUGGUGAAAAAUGUGUUAGGUCUAAACAAAAUAAUCGUUACAGCCAUGAUUCAGAUGAGCGAGCACAGUUCAGACACUAAGGUAGAGUAAGUCGUACCCGAGCUGCCAACAGUACCUGUUGACAGUGAACUGAAUCAAAGAGCAGCAGAUGAGGAACUACAGCUGCUGAGACGACUGCCUUUGCUGUGAUGACACUGCAAAAGAGACACCUUUGGGAUGUUGCACAGACAGAGAUGUGAGUGUGAAACAUGGACUAGACAGCUGUCUCAAACCUGUCACAAUGAUCACCGUCUUCUUAUCAACCUGUCUCCUAACUUCUGUCUGCUCAAAGCUCCUGAUGACCAGCCAACACCGGAUUAAUUUCCGUGAUUCACAUACUAUACUAAGAGGAAGUUACCUACUCUUGUACUUUGACCACUGCAGUAAGAUUCUGGUUGGAAAUGAGGAACAAGUCUGUGUGGUUUCAUCAAGUCAUGAAGUUUCACUUAAACUGGCUUAGUAUGUACUUCUCCCUGAGUGGAGCUUCUUCUUUUCUGUACAGAUGUUGAGAACACGGUUUUCCUCUUAUUAUUUAGGUACUCUGCCGAAUGCUGAACUGAAUUACAGUAUUUCUGUUUCAGGGGGAAUUUUAGCUCAUGCUGUGCAAACGUAUUUUUGCUUGUACUUCCUAGCUUAAUUUUUAAAUAGUUUAGUUGUUUUUGUAAGCAAUUGCAUUUUGACUUAAUAAACAAUUUACCAAGAUUCUUCAGAAAUAGUCUCUCCAGAUUUUCAACCAAAUAUGAAGAAUGUAUGCUAAAGAAAGCUCUGUAAAUGUUACAGUAGUUUCACACACCUCUGGACCGGGCAGAAACUCGCUAAAAUACUCUAGUUUUAAAAAGCUGCUCUCAUCAACUCUCUCUUUGUCUUCCUCCACAGCCAUACUUCUCUGGGACCCGCAGCCUCUCCCCAAUGUCCAGCCUGUUUGGAUCCAUCUGGACCCCUCAGAGCGAGCCCUACCAGAGCCACCACUUCCAGCCCGAGCGAUCCGCCCCCAUCUCCCCGGUGUCCCCCAUCACCCCUCCUCACUCUCCCUUCAGCAGGGAGCAAGAGGGGAGGUGCGCUCCCAUCCAGUACCCCGGCUUCCACCCGUUCGGCCCUCACAUGAACCUGGACAUCUGGAACUCUUCCUCCAACCGAAGCUCCAACUCACAGCUCUCCAACGACUCUGGCUACUGCGGAGAUGUUUAAUAUAAAAAAACAAAAAAAACAAACGGCAGCCCUUAACAAUGAGUGCAAACAUAAAACAUUGAUAUGUUAAAGAAAGGAAAUAAAAAUGAAUGUUCUUUUAUCAUAAAUGGGGGAAAUGUGAAUAUUCCUAUUCUUUUAUGUUCUCAUUUUCAAAUGUUAAAUGUUGUGAAAGGUUCAGCAUUUGUUGUAUAUUUUUCUAGAUGUUUUGCAGUUUUGUUCAUAGAAAAUAAAAAAAAAGGUUUUGUAUUUGAA